AUGAAAUUUUUAUUUUUUUACAUAAUAUCACUUUUUUUCUUUUUUUUUCAGUUUUUUAGUUUUCUACAACAUAAUUAUAAAUAUUCAUUGGUGUUUAAACAAAUUUGGCUUAACUACAAUUUGAUUUUAUCUUGUGAUGCUUCGGUGAUUAUUCAAUUUAACCUGCGAUGUCUGUGAGAUGCAAAAUCUGAUAACUAAACGUAUCUUCAUUACAUCAAGAGAAAAAGGAACGAAAGGAGAAUGUAUAUGAUUAACGGAUAAAUACCAACAAAAUUAGA